AAGUUCAAAGCGAGUCAGUUAUUUUUGUACCUUGUCUCGAUACGCGUCUAGGAAUUUCGCCAUUUUACAUUUUAUACCAUACAAUUUUAGUAUCGUUAGUUCAUAAUAACUGUAGUUAUUGUUUGAUAUCGUGACAUACCGUUAAAAUAAUUUAAAAUAUAAAGGAAGUCUUUGUUCCAUAAAGUGUUUGUUAGAAGCGACGUUGCCGUUCUUCCAUACAACUUUUCUAAUAAGAGAAAUUAGCUUCAGAAUAAUUUCUUCAAUUAAAGUUUAGCAUUCUAAGUUAAAUCUGUGAUAACAUAGUUCGUUAAUUCAUCAAGUAAUGCUCCAGUGUAUUGAAAUGUGUGAAUUUGAACGUUAUACACUAUCUGACGCAAUAGCAACCUGGCAACAGCGCGAAGAAUCGGACUGAAUUUAUUACUGAUGUAUUAGUAAAACCCAAUCGGAUUACACACAUUCUUUCACAUCCUUCAACUUUUUAUGAGGUACUAGGGCCUCCGCGCCCGGUCGCACUAAACGGGUACGAGCUCAGGGAGGAUCGGUGCGGGCAUAUACAACGGAAACAAACGCUGAUUGCUCCUGCACUCGCUUCGGUGCCGAUUCACCCUCCGCUCGCGCAAACGAACCCGAUAUGUUGAGAUCGGGCGCGGGGCACCCGGAUGCUGCCCGCUCGCAGGCAUCCACGUCGCGUCAGCUCAGCCCCGAGGAGGAGGCGCAGCGCCUCUACGCGACCCUCAACGACUACCUGCUGCUCGAGCACAAGGCCCAGCCAAGGCUGUGUCUGCCGGUCGAGUCUGAGAAUGGUGAGGUGACGACCGGCGCUCGCGACGGCGCGGCCCACGUCCUCAGAUGUCUCAAAGUUUGGUUCGAUCUGCCCGCUGACGUGCUCAUCAAUGCCAUCAACCUGUUUGACAGGUUCCUAACAAAGAUGAAGGUCCGUCCGUGUCACGUGCCAUGCAUCACGGUCUCCUGCAUGAACAUCGCCCUCGAGCAGUACGCCGCCGAGACCAACACCAAGCGAAGCAUCUCUGUCGAGGAGCUCGUAUCCAUCUCGCAGUCUGCGUGCACGGCGGGCGACGUGGUCCGCAUGUCGCGCGUGCUGGUGGACAAGCUGAGCCUGGCGGGCGGCGCGCGCGCGGCCACGGCGCUGGACUGGCUGCGCCUGCUGCGGGCCGUGCUGCUGCUGCACGCGCCCGCUGCCAGCGUGCAGGAGGAAGAGCUAGUCCAGCUGCUGGAGAUCGUAUCGUGUGACGCCGCGUGCGUCAACACGCGCACCAGCGAACUGGCGCUCGUCGUGUUGUACUACAAGCUGGAAGAACAGCUAGCGGAAUGGUCCCGCGCCAGCGAGGAAGGCGGCGCCCUGCCAGAAGACGCCUACGUCCUCAUCGACUUCGCGCGGCAACUGCAGGCACAUUGCAACAUGAGUGAAGCCGCCCUGAGCCACGCCCGCACUCGCGUCCGCCACGUGGUGUCCCGCUACGAGCGCUGCGAGGCGCGCCGCGACCAGCGCCAGCGGCUCGUGUGGCGCCUGUCCGAGAGGACGCUCAAGGUGCUACGGCCGACAGACCGCCUCACAUCCUUGCUGCCGACCAUCGAGGAGCAACACUUCGCCGUUGACGCCACGCCCACGAGAAACAGAUCGGGCAGUGAGUGCAGUGAAAACGAAGAGACAUCAGAUUGGCCCCGCAGCCCCGUGCUACCCGUCUACUGCGACAACUGAGACCCGCCCGUAACUACCCGGUACCUACCCUACCCGUUAGUGACACUAACUGCCGCACUACCUCCACACACGACGUGCAGGUAGUCGAUAGAUCUGACACUACUUCUGCUUGAAGAGAUAAGUUAUAUCUUACAACAUAUGAAGACGGAAGUUAGACUACGUUACAUCAUCAGUCCACGUUUUAAAAGUUAACUGAACGAUGAAAAGUUCAACUGAACUAUACAAACAGACACAUUAAUAUAGUUUAUUUGAUAUGCGUUCAAACGGAAGAGGUUCAUUUAGACUGCCGUAGAAAUAUCGUGCGGUGUCUAAAUAAUCUUGGAAGGUAGAAUAGAGGGAAAUAAUUAUGUUGCGAGUAAAUACUGAUUUUAUCAAGGAUUUUAUGAGUUAAGUAUCAUAUGAAAAAAUAUUUAGUUAGCAAUACUAAAAAUGAUUUUUUUUUGUUGUAAUAUGAGCUCCCUUGGUUGAAUAUUCAGUAUUCAUCUUACAAUAUAAUUAUUUUAUCCUAUUUUACUGUCAUCUUAGUCUGUAGAAUAACUCGAGUCAAUGUAUAACUGCCCCAUCGACGAAUAAGCUCUAUCCUCCAUCUGUGGUACUUUAGUGUCACUUCUGCCACAUAACGGUACUUUUAGUGUUAAUCCGGCAGCUCACUGUGUCCUAGCACCUUUUGGAAUCGAGAUCUAAUUUAUAUAAGAAGUUUAUUAAGAAACAUUGACAAUUUAUGCAUAUGUAGAUAUGAAAUAAUAGCAUUGAAUUUGAGAUUGACAUUUUUAAUGAGAAUUUACGAUAAUUGAAUAAGGCUUUUUGUACACGAGGCAGCGCAAGCUCGCGGCUCGCGUUGCCCCGUGUGUACAGGGCUUUAGACAUUCAUAGGAAAGUCUAGAUUUCGAAAGGUGUUAGUUAUUUUGUUAGAAACUUGAAUAAUAAAUCUCUAUUGGGGUGACAAGUUAAACAUAUCUGAUAGCCGGGUCCAUUGCUUUCUACGCAUUGAAACUGACCGAACAUUAUAUUCUGCUUUCUAUCAAAGUCCUUGUUGGAAGUCGGUACAUGAGUCAGUUUGAAUGUGGGAAACGAAAUCGCUGUAUUUUUAAUGAAGAAAAAUUCUGUGUUAAUUAAUUUAUAUGAGAAAAGCCGAGGUUCUAAGUUAAGUGGAAUGUGCUUGUAUGUCUCGAAAUAGUGCGCGAUCCUAGUUUUUUGAAAAUGUCAAAAUGUAUGAGAUCCGUGUGUUUGGGUGUUGUCUGUAUGAGAUCAGUGGUGGGACUGUGCGUUUUAUGGUUUUAACGUUCGCAGUUCACUCCCGGCUGUGGUUAAAACUCUAUUAUAGUGGAAUUGCGAUGGAAUUGUGUUUAAAUUGCUCCUCUAUUGCUUCUCGGCAAUAUUAAGCAUAUUGGUAUUCAAAGUUUUAAAUUAUAUUAAAUUAACUCGAUUGCUAUCCGACUUGUCACAAUUGUAUCGCAACUGUCGCGCCACAGUCGCGCCACAAUCGCUUUAAUGUAUGUUUCGAACUUAGAUGUAAGUUAAUCCGUAUAAAAAGGACAAAAAAAAAUCUAAAAAAUGGUGCAAUUUCAAAAUUAAUAAAAAAAUGCAGUUCAAAAUUAUUAUUAAUUAAAUAAAAAUAUUAUCCAAAGUAUUAUGAAAUGUAAAAGUUGUUUUCUUUUUAUACAAAUGUAUUGCAUUGUGCCGAUUGCGUUUCUUUUCGAGGGUUUCUACUAAACGGGCUUUAACAAUAAUAUUCUUUUUUAAGUCUAUUAAACGAAAACAAUUUUGCAAAACUUCAAUUUUUAGUCUACUUCCAGGAAAAAAUUAGAAAAAGUAUCCUUCGAAAAUACAUCUUAAUUAAACAUAAUUUUAGUGCCUCUGAAACCCGUAAAAGUAAAGUUACAAAAAAGCUUCAUAAUUUUAAAUCAAAACCCAUAAGAAUCGCCAUCGGUCAACCCAAGCUUUUCCCUACUGUGAUUUUUUCUUACAAGAGUGAAAAAGAAGUAAAAAAAUAAAUAAAACAAUUCCAUAUUUUUCUUAGAAUAAGUAAAAAAAAACGUUGAUUUGGGGUCGUUGUGAUCGAAUAGUAAAAAGUGUUCAAAUACUGGUGUUAGUACGCAUAGUAUUAAUUUAUAAUUAUAUAGAAUAAUUAAAAUUGGUGAGCUUUAAAAGUUUAAAAAGUUUUGAUUAAAAGUGUUUAGUCGGGUGACUAUUCUGCUGUCGACGUCGCGGACGACCCCUUUUUGCUUUCGUUUUAAUUUUAAGAAUAACUCCCGUGCACUGAAGUGUCACUUGAGAGUCGGUUUCUUGAACGCCGAUCAAUAAGAAAGUUAGUUCAUCAAAUAAAUUGUUUGAAACGCUGUGUUUUGUAAGUCUUAUGCCGAUCAGUUGUGACUACAAGGCUUGGGUACAAAUUGCAUUUCUCGAGUGCCAACGCUAUUGAAACAUUCAAAUGUAUUGAACUGACAAGUCAAAGUCACGUCACUUGUCGAAAA